CCUUUAUUAUAUCUAAAUCUAAUCAAGCGGCAGAGAUUUUCAUGAACAUAUCUACGACAGUAGCGCAUUCAUCAGAUCAGAUCCUCGCUAAAUCAUCGAACCUUCUCUCAGUCUAUUAAUUUUCCGAAUAAAAACUGUGUCGUAGUCUUCAAGGUCCCCCAAAACAAUGGCAAUCUCUCUUAAUACAAAUCUUCAUCACCCUUCUCUCAGUUGUGGGACUAAGCUUUACUCUGGUUUGAAGCUUCAAUCUCCCUGUUUGUUUGCAACUGGGAGACCAAACUUGACUGCAGACUUCUUUAGCAGAAUUAAUAAAAGCCUCCAAUGCGGAACUCGAAAUUCUAAACCAACAAGGUCGCGAGUUGGAAUGAUGGAGUUCCUGGUGAAGGAACUUGGCAAUGGGUUGAUUUAUGGAAUGCACUGAUGUCUUCAUCAAACAUUAAUGGCUGCUUCCAUCUUGCGUGCAUCAUCAAUCCAUGUUGCUAUCUUUGUUGACAUCAACCUUCUUGCAUCUUAUUGAGAUUCAUUUCUUCAAUUUCAUCUAAAUGUAAAAAAUCUGAUGAGAGUCUUGGUGGUGAGUUCCACGUCUCCCAUGUAUAUUUGACUUUUUCUGUGAUGUGAAAUGGAAAUUCUUCUAUCUCCAUUUCAGCAAUCUUUUUUAACAGCUUCACAGAUUCUUCGUUUCUUUCCUCCUGAAUGUUUCCAUUUGGAAAUGCCAAUAUUCUUCUGCCAUCCAUCCAUAGUUUGUAGAUUUCAUCAUGGAGAAGAUAAUGGGCUUGUGAUAAUAAAUCUAAUCCUGUUUGGACUUGAUAAUCUUCAAAUUUAGUAUAACAUUUAUCAAUUGUUUUUGACAAAUGUUUUUUAUCUUCAUUUACAGCAGAUAAUUGGGGUGUUCCAACCAUCUUUUUAAUUAUCCAAAUUUGAUAUGGCUGAUAAAUUUUUUCUUGUUCAGCUAUACCAAUUAGACUACUAAUUUUAAUAUGAAAAUAGUAAUAGAAAUCAUCAUUGUUACAGACUUUACAAUGGCUGGAAAAUCUUUUAAGAGAUGAAAGAGAGAUUUUACACAACUAUUUCUUUAGUAAAACCCCAUUCAAUAUUGGUUAUAUCAAAUGGUUCAUGAUCAAGUCUGUAUUUUAAA